AUGAAUGGUUAUCGAGAGCGUCUUGGCCUCAGCCGACGAUUCGAACCAUCGAACACAUCGAUGGGUAAGUUCUUUUCGAAUCGUCUUCGAGAUUCGUUACAUGUUGGUGGUGCCCUAACAACAACUGAACGAGGAAACUUCGAUCAAACUCUACCAGAUAAGGAAGCAACACCAGAGCCACCGAUGAGUAUAUAUGAUGUCAAUCGUUCGAUCAUCGCACCGAUUCCGGCAACAAAUGAAUCGUACUUUACUCAAACGACACCUGAUAUACAUAAGUUUUCUUGUCGAGUUGAACUAUCAUCAGGCUACAACAUUCUCAAGAAUCGAACUAGUUCACAACCAACACGUUUACCACCCGAAUUGCAAGGACGUACUCCUCUUGCUCAAUUGAAUCCGUUACCAACGACGACGACAACAACAACAUUGACACCAAAUAAUUCUGGUGAUUACCGUCAAAGACGUCUUUCUUUCACUGAUCAUCAUCGUACACAACAAUUAGCUUAUCAUCAACAUAUCUCACAACAGUUCAACACUGAUGGUACUCGACGUCCGUUUUCAUCCGACAGUCCGAUACCACCAGCACAGCCAUCAACGGGUUUAACCUCGCAUUACAUAUCAUCUGCACCGCCUUUACACAAUCGUACGACACACGAACCAAUUGAGCCGUUGAAACUCGUAAUGGAACAAGAAGAUAAUUCAAUGGCUGCAUUAUCACGCGAAUUACGUGCUGCUGCUUAUCCGACCACACAUAAAUCAUCGAAUCAUUCACCAACACGCGAAACAUCGCCAACAACAACGCGCUACACCAGUCGAUUGAGUUCGAAACGAGCACCACCGCGCGCAUUACCAAAGAUUCAAACCAAUGAUCAACAAUCAUCUCUUUCGACAACCAAAGUUGUACAUCAUUUUCAUCAUUCACAUCAUCAAGAAUCGAAAAAACAUUCGACAAACAAUGAAGAUCGUUCACCGAAUUCCUCGUCGACAACAAUUUUACUCGAUCAAUUUUUCCAUGUGGAGCAAACACCAAACAAAGAAUCAACUGUACAAGCGCAUGAAACUAUUCCUGUUAACAGCGAGAAACUAAUUCGUGAGCAACCAUCCAUUGUACUGCUCAAAACUCCUCCACCAUUGCCGGAAGAUGCGACGAUAUCAUUUGUAUCGAAGUUCGCUCGUCUAGCACCCAUCAUCACUAAUCACCCAACAAAUGGGAUUACGCCAGCCGUAUCUGCUGAUGAAAAUAACAAUAAUGUCAAUCGUCCGAUUCACUUUGAUAUCGAUCUACAUGAGCAAACAUUCGAUACACUUCAUGACAUAUCUGGAUUUCACACAGAGAAUGCAACAAUUACAGAUGAUUUACUUCCGAUAUUCGAUAUGACUCAUGAUGAUGAUGCAAGCGAACAAGCAGAUGAAAGUUACUCAUAUAUACCCUUAAAAGAGCAACGAACGGCAGUAGAUGAUGUUCCAUUGCUCGAAUUGGAUGAAUUGGAAACGAACAGUGAUAUUAGUGAAUCGCAACUAGUUCCGAUUAUUUAUGCAAAAGAAUUGGCGAAUGAAAUCGAGUUGUUACAAAGAGCACAUUCGUUGAAACAACAACAACGAUCCAUGUCCACAAACCAUGAAAAUGAUCGACUGAACGAUAACAAUUCUGUUCCACCACCAGCGAACAUGGAAUUAUUGAAUUUCGAAGCAUUAGACGAAGAAUUCUCGACUGUACAACACCGUGAUGAAGAUUCACCUUUGUCUUCAGUAAGAAUUGCUUCAGCAACUAUGGAAAUCUCGCCAUCACCAAAACCCGCACCGGAUGAAGACGAAACUCCGAGUAUGACUGUCAUUCAGCAUAGUACUCUUGCACAUAAUCGUCUUUCACCUUGGUUUAAAUUACCAACUGAACUGUGGUUCAAAAUUCUACCAUUCUUACCAACAACUGAUCUACAUAAUUUUUCUUAUGUUUGCAAACGAUUUUAUUUACUUGCGCAAGAUCAAGCGUGUCAACAUCGGAUUGUGUUCAAUCGUCGAAAGCCACUCGAGCAACUUUGGUUCGAUACUAUUGCUCGACGUAAACCCAGUGCGUUGACAUUCAUUGAGCAUCGGCAACAAAGUGCGGACAGUAGUCAGCAGCCAAUCGAACACGAUGCAAAUCAGAUCAAAUGGAGUGAAUUUUUUCACGCAAUUGGUUCGAAUCUUCUUGAAUUCACUAUGUCUGGAUUUUAUCAUGAACCUCUCACGCCUAACACACUUCUUCCAUUCAUCGUUCAAACUUGUUCAAAUCUUCUUUCAUUAAAUCUUCGUUGGAGUCGCAUGUCUGCAUCCACACUGAAUCAUCUCAUUGAUUAUCCGCAAUUUAUUCAUUUGCAAACACUGGAUCUUACCGGCUGUCAAACAUUGGACGACACAUUAUUAAUCAACAUGUUUAUUCGUUCCGAAACACAAUUUCAGUUGAAAAAACUCAUUCUUGAAGGAUGCAUGAAUAUCAGCUGGAUCGGUCUUGACACCAUCGCCAUCUGCAUUCCCGAUUUACUUCGGCUAAACAUUAGUCGAUGUAUCGGUUUGAAAAAUCUGUCAUCCAAUUCGACUUCUACCUGUUUUCAUCAUUGGCCCAAACUUCAGUCGAUUGAUGUUGGUCAUCUAGUAACACUCACCGAUCAAGAUCUGGCAGUUAUAUUUGAACAUUGUAAAUAUUUGAAUACUCUAGUAUUUGAUGGUUGUCUUAGCAUAACUGAUCAAAUAUUUCAUCAUUUAACAUCGAAUUUUCGAGUGCUUAGUUUAAAUGGUUGCACAAACAUAAGUACGAAUGUCUUAUUGAAUCUUAAUGAACAAUGUCCACAAAUUGAAACUCUUCAUUUGAAUUCCCUACUGAACUUCAACGAUUCCUGUUUGUUGAAAUGGUCCGAACAACCGUUGAUGAAACUACGACGCUUAACGAUCGAUAAUUGCAAACAAUGCUCAUUAAAUAGUAUCGACAAGUUUCUUAGUAAACAUGUCAAUAUAAGAGAAUUAUCAUUGACGGGUGAUAUGGAAAUCAACAAAUCAGGACAGAAUACAUUGAGUGUUUACUUCAAGUAUUGGAAAGAAUAUAGUAUGGGUGCAAGUUAUUUGAAUAAUCUCUAUUCAUUUUUGAAUAAUCAACUUGUAAAGAAACGACCGAUGGUGGAUCUGGAAAACUAUGAAAUGUCAGAAUUUCUUUCCGAACUUGAUGAACGAUUUUUUAUUGAAAUCGGCGAAUUGGCACUUGAAUCUUGGAUAAAACUUAUUAUAGAACCGUCGAAGGAUCGACUUGUCAGACUACUACUCGAACAAAUACGACUGGAUCGUGUCGGAGAGGGUGUGAAUCAAACAACAAUCAAAGGUGUAAUUAUGUCAUUUAUUGAGGUGUGUCAAUAUCGAAGACAUAAUACAUUAAGAUUGUAUGAGGAAUCUUUUGAAAAUCUGUUCCUACAAGAAACUGGGGAACAUUACCAGAAAGAAGGAGAUCGUUUAAGAGAGAAACUCGAUUGUGUGGAAUAUAUGAAAAAAGUUAUAAAUCUAAUCGAUGACGAAGAAUUUCGCAGUCGAAAAUAUCUAAAUUCAACAUCUUAUCCCAAAGUCUAUCACGAAUGUCUUCAGCAUCUUGUCUGUAAUCAUUUAACCUUCAUAACAGAUGGAUGUGAUGAUUUUAUUCUCCAAGAAAAUCUCGAUGCUCUGAGAAAUAUGUAUAAGUUAUUAAAACCGACACAGGCUGGCUUAGACUAUAUGGUGAAGAGAUUCCAAGUGAAUAUGACCAAUAUCGGACAUGAGCGCAUGCGAUGCAUCAAAGGAGAAAAUUUGCCAGCAUUAUUUACUCAAGUAUUAUUGGAAAUUCAUACGAAAUAUCUGAAUAUCGUACGUGAUAUUUUCUCUAAUCAUGCUGAUUUUAUCUCAGCAUUUGAUAAAGCUUGUGCAAGCAUUGUGAAUAUGAAAUAUGAAAAUCGAUCUCUAGCCAAAGCAUCUGAACUACUUGCCCAUUAUUGUGAUAGUAUUUUACGCAAAUCAUCGAAAGCAACCUGCGAGAGUGAAGUAGAAGAGAAAUUGUUGGAUGCGAUAAGAAUAUUCAAUUACUUGGAUGAUAAAGAUUAUUUUCAACGUUUCUAUCAAAAGAUGCUCGCACGUCGAUUGAUCAAUCAACAAUCGACUUCGAUAGACGCAGAAGAAUUCAUGGUUACGAGAUUGAAGGAAAUGUGCGGUUACGAAUUUACCAAUAAACUAGCACGCAUGUUUCAAGAUGUUAAAGUGAGCGAGGAUCUAUGUAUGAAAUUUUUCGAAUCGCUCAAAUCACAAUCGAAUUCGACCAUCAAAAAUGAAACAAUGGCACAUCUUCUCGGCUUGGAUUUCAGUAUUUAUAUUUUACAAGCAAACUCAUGGCCUGUCUCUCAAAGUCAAAAUAAUACCUUCUCUGUUCCACCGCUAUUAGAAAAAUCAAUUCGUUCAUUCGAACUAUUCUAUAAUGAACAAUACAGCGGAAGAAAACUAUCCUGGCUGCACAAUCUAUCCACCGUCGAUGUGCGAAUGUUUUACUUUGAUCGUCCAUACUUUGUUACUAUGAGUACAUAUCAGAUGGCGACACUAAUAUUGUUUAAUGAUCAUCAGAAGCUGUCAUUCAAAGAGCUUGAAGAAUCAACGAGGCUCUCGACAAAAGAACUCGAAAAACAACUCUCGAUUCUAAUUGAAAAUAAAUUAUUAUUGCGCGAUGACACCGAAUUCCAACCUCAGACAAUUAUUUCGUUAAAUACAGAUUUUAAAAAUAAACGAACAAAAUUCAAAAUAUCGACAACAACUUCCAAAGAAGUUCACCAUGACAUCGAAACUGCUGAGCAAGCCGCAGAUGAACAUCGAAAGUUUUACCUUCAGGCUAUCAUCAUGGCUAACAGCAUUGGACACGAGAAUGCUGUUUCACCAUCUGUUGUCAAUCAUCACGAUAUCAAGCAAUGGCAACACUGUUCACUAUUCAAUUUGGAUCUCUUCACCGAUGAUAAUAGUUCAUUAAAUCUGACAAAAGAUAUCGAUAAUAAGAUCGUCGAUGGUUGUUGUUGUUCAUCAUCAACACCGAACGUCGAUGAUUCUUGUCAAAAAAAUCAUUUGAAUCAUUCAUGUUCAUUUGUUGUCCUACAAAAGAAUUACACAACACAACUUGAACAUGUUGCCGAAACUUUGUUGGCGGACGGGAAUAAAACACCAAAUAAUUGUUGUUAUUGUUGCAAUCACGAAGCGAGCGAUUCGAAAACACAAUCGUUGAAUCGAAAAAUUCUCCUCGGUUCAACAGCGAUCCUCGAUAGUUUACUACGUAAUAACUUAAAGUCUUUGCCAGCAUCGUCGCAACCCACAACGACAACUACCACGUUCAACCAUAGUUCAAAAACAAAUAUGAAAUCGACCGGAAAUCAACGACGAUGGCAUUCAGAACGCGGCAGUCGUCAUCCGAAUGUUCGUGCUAACUUACCUUUAACACCCGCCCAACGUCAAGUUCUCGAACGUUAUAUGAACUAUCCGUUAAUAAAACCGCCGACAAAUAUCCGCUCGACGCGUCGAUUACAUCAUCAUCAACCGUUAACAGGUAAAGCAAGCGAUGCCACUGGCACUGCUCUCUCAGCGCUUGCUGAACAACCGAUGACAAUGUCCACUACUGUUAACAAUCUUCGUAAAAACAGUGCACCACCUAGCCAUACGCGACCAUUAUCAUCAACUUCAUCAUCAGCAUCCGCCAUCUCCCAUCAUAGUGCAUUAAAUAGACGAUUUCUACCAGAUACGAUUAAAUCUCGCGAAGUUUCUGACGAAGAUGAGAUCGACAACGAUGAUGAUAAUGACGGCGACGAUGAUGACGAUGACUCAAUUUCGUCUGAACUCGAUCAGACUAGUGAUGAAGAAACUAGUGACAUAAAUCCAACCACAAUGAUCUCCAACCAUCCUGUGACAACAUCGGAAACUCUCUCCGAAUGUGCGAUUUGUUGCGAAAUGAAACGUCUUCAAAAACGAUCCUGUUGCAAUUUCAACGUCUGUUCAACUUGUUUAAAUAUUUAUGUUGAACAACAAGUUAAACAAGGUAUAGUGCGAAUACAAUGCCCCAAUCAACAAUGUCAUACUUAUAUGCAUCGAGAUGAAAUUAACAAACGAUGUAUAUCGCCCGAAUUGCGACAGAAACUGACGAAAUUUUUAGUUGAUGCUAAUCGUUCGAUUAACGUCAAAACAUGUCCACGAUGUUCAAAUGUUCACGAAAUUGAUCUCGAAGUGUAUCGCUCGAUGCGUCGUGCGCCGACUAAAGUUCAAUGUGUUGAGUGUAACUUGAUUUGGUGCUUUCAAUGCCAUUCACCAUGGCACGAUGGAAUACAAUGUAAAGAAUUUCGUCGCGGUGAUCGGAUGUUAAAAAAAUGGGCACGAGAAGUUCAUUAUGGACAGCAUAAUGCACAGCAAUGUCCUUCUUGCAAAGUAUAUAUUCAACGAACAAAAGGAUGUGAUCAUAUCGUUUGUCUGCGUUGUAAAACAGAAUUUUGUUAUAAAUGUGGCGGUCGCUUUCGAGAUAUUAAAUUUAUCGGCGAUCAUUACAGUGAAUUGAGUGUUCUCGGUUGCAAAUAUCGUUUCUAUCCAGAUCGACCAUUCAAACGACGACUCAUACGAGGUUCCAUUCUCUGCGGGAAGAUUUUAGCCGCGCCUGUUAUUCUCUGCUUGGCUAUGGUAGCCGGCGCUGUUUGUGCUGGAAUUGGAUUACCUGCUUAUUGUUGUUUCAUGCUUAUUCGACAUAUUAAGACGAAACGACGCAGGCGUCAUUCGAAAUUGAAAGAACCUGUUUUGAUGAGUUAUAAAACAUUGAAUGACAUGGUUCCCCAAUUGAUUCCACGUGAUCCUGUGAACAGUGAUGGUGUUAAGCCAGGUUUUAAUUCAAUUCGAUCGAAUAUUCCAUUGAACGAAACAGUCAACAUAGAUAUAGAUCCAGCUAAUAAUGCUCCUAUUGCUGUUUUUGAUGAAUGUGAUAUUCAUAUUCCGACAAGUCAAACAGAAGAAGCAAUAUCUAUUCCGAUCUCUUCUCUCUCAUCAACUUAUGUUCCAACAACAUCGCCUAACUUCCCUCGGUUAACACCGUACACUACAUCACGAAAUUUGUCAUCAUCGAGACCUAAUGUGUAA